CCAACUCAUCUGUGUUCCCAACUCAUUUCUGGUGGUGCGCGGUUGUGAAGUGCACGGUUUGCCUUGAAAGGUUCUUAAUGUCACGGCUGAAACGUCACCGGUCCUGAAUAAACGAAGAGAGCGACUCAUAAUAUGCAGUGACAGCAUUUCUGGCGUACGUUGGCUAGAGAAAACCAGGAAAAUGUCGCCGCCACAAAUUAUUCUCAUGUCCUGUGGGUGUUAUAACCCCCCAACCAACAUGCACUUACGAAUGUUUGAGGUUGCGAAGGAUCAUCUCCACAGGAUGGGUACACACGCUGUAGUUGGUGGAAUUAUAUCUCCUGCUCAUGAUGGAUACGGGAAAAGGGACCUCGCCAGUGCGAGUCAUAGGUGCGCGAUGCUGAAACUCGCUCUUAAGAAUAACGACUGGGUACGAGUCAGUACGUGGGAAACAAGGCAGAACUGCUGGAUGAGAACGAAACUUAGCCUCCAAUACCAUCAGAGUGUAUUGAACUCGGUUGUUAGCGAUACUAAUGGCAUUAAACAUUAUGCCGAACAAGAAGACUUGGAGUGGAUUCCUGAAAAUGUUAAAAAUAACGCUAAUAAUGCUCCGAUUCAGAUCAAGCUACUCUGUGGUGCCGAUCUUUUGGAAAGCUUCGAAGUUCCUGGUCUUUGGAUAGACGAAGAAAUUGACGCAAUUGUCAGUCAACACGGGCUCAUUGUUGUCACCAGAGAAGGCUCUAAUCCUCACAGAUUUAUCUACGAGUCGGACAUUCUCUCAAAACAUGUGCGUAACAUAACUAUCGUCACCGAAUGGAUACCAAAUGAAAUCAGCUCGUCAAAGAUCAGAAAAGCUCUGAGACGCGGCGAGAGCGUGAAAUACUUAGUCCAAGAUCCAGUCAUUGAUUACAUCUACACUCAGGGUAUCUAUGAUGUCAAAACGGAGUCGACAAUGGAACGGCAAAACCUGCAUGCCUACUGUAAGACAGAUAGUUGACUGUCUUGUCGCUGCUCGUCCCAUGCCAAUCCGAUGCGGCCCCUGCCUUACCGCUAACCAUACUAAUCAUGCUACUAACAGACGUAGUAGUUACGACUCCAGUUGCGUUAGUAGCACGGCUAACAACAUCAACAACAACAACGUAC